AUGCUGAGUAAUUUCUAUUGGAUGCAUAAACCUAAUCCUUUGGCAAGCUUUAAUAUAACUCUAUUAGUUGUGCAAAUAUUUCGAGUACCCCUUAUCUUUACAAUCGGUGGAUCGAUAAAUAUAGGUAAAUCAGGUAAUUGGUUUACUGCACAGUUAACGUCUACUAAAAAAACUAAACGGAAAAUCUCAAGGUUACGUAGGAUGCAUCUGAUUGGAUGGUCAUUUAUACGCUUAUUUGAAUGGGGAUUUCUGCGUAAUGGAACACAUGAGCUUUGCAUUAUCAAACCACCAAUUCGCUCACGUACAUUGAAUAAGAUUCAAGAAAGAAACGAGGAAGUAAUUUUAACAUGGAGAACAGAUGACAUUAUAGAAAAGGCAAGUCUUACAAUUCAACUAAGAGAUGCCCGUUUCCUCGAUUUUGUUGAAGAAAAGAAAUUAGAACAACAACCCAAUUACGAUCAACCGCAAAGUGAUCAGCUUGAUAAAACAAACGAAUCUAUUGAUCUCAAUGAACAAAUGAAAAAGUUAGACGACAUAAAUUUACAUGCAAUGGUAAAGUAUAGAGCGGAAAAUGAUGUGAAUUGGCUGGAGAAAGACAAAGAUGGAGCCGAUCAACUUUUGACAGAGAUCCAUGAGUUACUUAAAACUGAAGUGGUAAGUGAAAAAUGCAAGAUCCUAAGUCUAUAA